CCCAGAAAACCCCAUCAAAGUGAUACACCUGCUUACAACUUCAGUCCUCCCCUGAAAACAAGAGAUGGCCUCCAUCACUGCUUAUACUACAACCUCUUCAGUGGUGUGUGCCGCUCUCAUGCCUAAGGCAUCCAUUGUUCGUCCUGAUUCUGCACUUGGUAAGGCAGACUUCAAGUUUCCUCCCAGAAUAAAUAAGAGGAACUUGCAAGGUAUGGGAAGCAGAGUAUGUUGUUUUCUAGGAGUUUCUCCUCCAAGCAUAGACCUCCAACCACUUAUGUCAGAUAAUCCUUUCUGUGGACAGAAGGUCAUUAAUACCAUCAGCAGCAAGAAUGCAGAGAUGCAAAAUACCACAGAAGCAUUGACCAAAAGUUUGGUAAUAAUAGAUUUAGACCCCGCUACAGCAAAAGUGGCAAUUGCAAUUCUCGGGCCAUUCCUCUCAGCUUUUUCUUUUUUGUUCAUCCUGAGAAUAAUCAUGUCCUGGUACCCGAAGCUGCCUGUUGAAAAGUUUCCGUACUUCAUAGCAUAUGCGCCCACCGAGCCACUUCUCAUUCCGACGCGCAGGUUGAUUCCACCCCUAGGUGGAGUUGAUGUAACACCUGUAGUCUGGUUCGGGUUGAUCAGCUUCCUUAAUGAAAUAUUAGUAGGUCCACAAGGGCUUCUCGUCCUCUUAUCUCAACAGAUUAGCUGACAAGCAUGCUGCUGGUACAUGUCAAACUAAAUAACUACUUCUAAAUAUACAGCAUUGGGAGUGUAUAUUAGGUAAUCAGAAAUGAGGGCAAAACAAAUUUGAUUCUGUGAUGUUAUCUUCUAGCUCCAUUAGUUACCGACUAGCUUCUGUAUCUCUAGAAGGGUUUAUGCUGCUUUUAGCAGAUGGGAAGAAAAGGGAAUGAAACGCUGAGGAGUUCAAUUUUUGCCUCUUCCUGGAUAUGGUUGGUAUAGAGUAGCCAGUAUUGUUGCCACUGUGGAGUUAAUCUGAAAGCUGGAUGUUUGAAACAUAAUCACUGCUGUUAUAGCUUAGGCUAUGUAUUAGGGUUCAAUUGUUUCCCUCAAUUUAUUGUAUAACCUUCCUAUUCAGUUGUUCUUAUUACCUUUCUUAUGCA